UCCUGGCAUUUGUUAUUAACUGACAAGUCUAGCACGCAGCGCAAUGGCGCGGCUCAUGCUGGGCCUACUCGUCGUCGCGGUGGCGACGAGCUGGCUCUCUCCCGCUGUCGCGUACUCUCCGCUACAACUGCCUGCGUUUACACUCUCCAGCCUCAAGGCACCCAAUGCGGCUACGUUGCAAAGUGUUGGCGACGCUGUGUCCAGCCUCGGCAUGUUUGCGGUCACAGGCUUCGAUGCUCCCAACGUGGCUCACGAUGCGCUGUCUACCUUCGUCUCGUGCGCCUUGAGGGGUGAUAUCGACCUUCGACAGGUAACCAUGGAUGACGGCGCAAAGCGCAACACCAUCGCCGCCGCCACCAACGCCAGCGUCCCACAGCCGCUGCCAGCGGACGCCGUGCAGCACUGCCCCGACUUCGCCGUCGCUGCCAACCAGCUGCGUGCUGUGGUCGCAGCAACUGGCAGCGCAUACGCGGCCCUGCUGGACAAGCUGCUCUACGGCGACGCAGCAUGCGCCACGCCUGCCCAGUGCUUUACGGAUGCAGUUCGCUACGCCGAAAGCCUUGAACAUUUCCAUCUAUUCGAGCCAGCCGCGGCACCCACGGCCGAGCACACUCUUGCCAUGCACUCCGACAUCGGCCUCUUCCUGGUCAUGAGCCCCGCCGAGCUCUUCGAGCGUGUGGCCGCCGCCGCCGCUGCCUCUGCCUCGCCAUCAUCCCCCCGCCGCUACUCCCACGACCUUGUCGUACAGCUGCCAGACGGGCGCGUUGUGGAGCCGGUGUUGCCUGAUGGGGCGCUGCUGGUGAUGAACGGCGAGGGCCUUACACGCUGGAUGCGCCCGCCGUCAUCGGACCGGCCGCAGCCGUACAGUCCCAUGCAUGAGGUGCUGUCCAGCGAUAUGGGUGGUGGAGUGCGGGCCUGGUUCGGCCGCAUGUUCAUGCCGCCUCACGCCGCCCGCCUGCAAGUCCUGGACGGCAGCCGGGACGCCCUCGCCUCUUCCUCUCGGCGCAUGACCUUUGCCGAGUACCGCCAGCACACGUACGAGCUGUUCCACGAGGAGCGGGGCCAUGAGGUCUCCACGGUUGGCUGCUCGCCCACACGCCGUGUGCUGGUUGACGAGAGCUCCUGCGGUGCCGACCAGGUCUACUGCUGGAUGAGCUGCAUGAACAUGACCAAGCUGCAACCGGGAGAUGCCAGCUGCAAUAAGUCGGAGGUUGUUUGCGCCGACCCCUACACCUCCCUCGUGUGGCCCCAGAACUUCAUCCCUGCCAACAGCACCUCGCCUACCCACUGCAAGAACUGCACCAUCAUGUGUCCCAAUACAUACGCUUCUACCUUGAUUGCCAUUAGCGGUGCUGCGGUCCCCCAGCCCUCCCCGGCGCCGGUCGCAUCACCGCCCCCGCCCAAGCCCGUGUCGCCGCCCCCACCCAAGUCCGCGCCGCCGCCCCCGUCCGGUAGCAGUGCUGCUUCGAAUGUCCUGGGUGCCGCCUCUGUGUGCCUCAGGAUGGGCCUUCAGUUUGCAAUUGCAAGCUUGCUGCUGCGUGCAAUGACGUGGGUGUGAACUCGCAAGCGUGGCGUGUGCGUGCGUAUAGGCUGGCUGGCUGCGGAAUCAGCUCAACAUUGGCUAGCGGAGGGCUGGAUUGCACGCAGCAGGCCCGGUACUUAGGUGCACGUGACUGGUUUACGUAUGAGUGCCAAAGUGCAUCAUGUGAAUGUGAUUAUGGUCAGGGUUCGCUGGGGGGAAAUGAUUCGUACCUGCAUCUAUCUACACGCAUCUAUCUAUGAGCAUGUAUGUGUAUGCGGCUCGCUUUGGUAAGUUGAGGCUGGUGGCUAGAGAUGGCUUUGGCAGGUGUAUUGGGCGGUGUGUUGCGGGGUCCCUGUGCUACAUGGACCUGCGCGUGUUGGGAUUCUGUCGGUCUAGGAGCAAGGCCUAGCAAUGGAGUGCCUCUCACAGCACAUGCUGCCGAUUCUUUCGCUCUUUAGACAAAUAGUAUAGGCCAACUGCCGUCUGCCUAAACUACAGCGUAGUGUAAGUAACGUCAGGGUUCCA